UUUUUUUUUUUUUUUUUUUACUUCCUCUCCCCUAUCUGGUGCCCACCUGCCCGCCACCCUGGCGCACCUCUUGCCGGCUCCGGCCAUGUACAGCAUGCUGGAGACUGAGAUCAAGACGCCGCAGCCCACGCCGGGCAGCGCCGGGGGCAACCCCGCUCCGGGGAGCAACAGCAAAGGCGGCGGAGGCGGCGGGGCCAGCAACGGAGCGGGAGCCGGCUCGGACCAGGACCGGGUGAAACGUCCCAUGAACGCCUUCAUGGUGUGGUCGCGGGGCCAGCGGCGGAAGAUGGCCCAGGAGAACCCCAAGAUGCACAACUCGGAGAUCAGCAAGCGCCUUGGGGCCGACUGGAAGCUGCUGAGCGAUGCUGAGAAGCGGCCCUUCAUCGACGAGGCCAAGCGGCUGCGGGCCGUCCACAUGAAGGAGUAUCCGGAUUACAAAUACCGGCCCCGAAGGAAGACCAAGACCUUGCUGAAGAAGGACAAAUACUCGCUGCCCGGCAAUCUACUGGCCCCGGGGGGGGGCAACGCGGUGAGCAGCCCCGUCGGGGUGGGACAGAGGAUUGAUACUUAUGCCCACAUGAACGGCUGGACCAACGGGGCUUACUCGCUGAUGCAAGACCAGCUGGGCUACAGCCAGCACCCGGGCAUGAACAGCCCCCAGCUGCAGCAGAUGCACCGCUACGACAUGACAGGCCUGCAGUACAGCCCCAUGAUGUCCACGGCCCAGACCUACAUGAACGCCGCCUCCACCUACAGCAUGUCCCCCGCCGCCUACGGCCAGCAGCCCUCCACGGCCAUGAGCCUGGGCUCCAUGGGCUCGGUGGUGAAAUCCGAGCCCAGCUCGCCGCCUCCUGCCAUCACUUCCCACUCGCAGAGGGCCUGCCUGGGAGACCUGCGGGAUAUGAUCAGCAUGUACCUGCCCCCGGGGGGGGAUGCCACAGACCCUUCCACCCUGCAGGGUAGCAGGUUACACAGCGUCCACCAGCACUACCAGAGUGCCGGAACUGGCGUGAAUGGUACCGUACCACUAACUCACAUAUAAACUUGGCUGCUCCGGACGGCUCCCCGUCUUAAUCCCUAACCCCACCACUGCUCCCUGACUACACCGGGACGUACGGCAGUGUUGCUCGGCUUAGCAGACUUAAUACUAACUCUGGAGAAAUUUUAAAAAGGAAAUCCGUUAGUUGUGUCUUUUUUUUUUUUUUUUUUUUUUUUUUU